GCGUAUUUAUAAACAGGAUUGAGAUCUGUUUAUGUGUAUCGAUAACGAGAAGAGUUUACAGAAAGAGCUUUAUUCAAUUCCGUGGCUGCUCGACACCGGACUGGAUUGCUUCAGCGUGAUUUUUCUUCGACGUCGUCUAAGAUGAGGCGAUGGCCUUGCAUCAUUUUCAUUUGCACGGGACUGAUGAUCGUGGGCAGGGUAUCAUCGUACGGUGAAGAAGAAGAAAAAGAUUGUGUCAAGCCCGACUGGUUUCGGUGCGCUAAUGGACGGUGUUUGAGUCACUGGUUCCUGUGUAAUGGCGACGAUGAUUGCGACGAUGCCACCGACGAGGAAAAUUGUCCCGAUAAGCCGAAUGAAAUAAAAAAUGUAACCUGCUCCACGGACCAAUAUCAAUGUGCGGACAAUUAUUGCAUUUGGCUGGAGGAUUUUUGUGACAAUAAAUUCGAUUGUCCGGAUGAGAGCGACGAGUACGCCGGCUGUGGAGACCAGAAAAAUUGCUCAGAAUUCCGAUGUAAAAAUGGGUACUGCAUGAGGCAGCAGUGGGUUUGCGACGGGUUCAAUGAUUGUGGAGACUUCAGCGAUGAAAGCGAUUGCGGCGAUCGUGCAAUACCGCCAGAAAAAUGUGACAACCAGAUAAACCGAUACCUCUGCGACCACGGUAGGUGCAUUUCCCUGAACAGCACGUGCAACGGGUACGACGACUGCGGCGAUGACUCGGACGAGAACGAGGAUUCCUGCAGAAAUGCCGAGAAAUCAUGUUCCGAGGGCAUCGGCUGCAGUCACUAUUGCAAAAAAACCCCGAAAGGAGCGGCGUGCUCUUGUCCAUCUGGUUACGAAUUGGUGAACAACCAAACCUGCGCAGACAUUGACGAGUGUUCGGAAAACGUCGAAUUGUGCGAUCAACGCUGCAUCAAUAACGCUGGCUCGUACUCUUGCAUCUGCGAGGUUGGUUAUGAGCUGCAAGAGGACAAGAAGACUUGCAAGGUCAGAGAUGGAGCUGAAGCGUUGUUGGUAUUCACCACGAAAAGGGAAAUUCGAGGGCUUUAUAUAGAGAGCGAAGUGUACUUUCCGAUAGUCCAGAACUUGCAGCAUGCCUUGGGAGUAUCGGUGGACGCCGAUCACGUUUACUGGUCUGACAUAAAAAGUGGUGACGAGGCAAUAAUGAGGAGCCGCUAUGACGGCAUGACACCGGAAGUCAUAGUCACGGCAGGUUUGGGAUUGCCGGAAGACAUAGCGGUCGAUUGGGUAACCGGAAACGUCUACUUUACCGACAGCCUUUGGAAGCGCAUAGGAGUGUGCAAAAGUGAGGGCGAGUAUUGUGCCGUAAUAGUGAGCGAGUCUCUGGACAUGCCGCGUGGUCUGGCCCUGUACCCGCUGAACGGCGAGAUGUAUUGGAGCGACUUUGGCGAAAAGCCGCACAUAUCCCGGGCCGGAAUGGAUGGGAAAGGCGGAGAGCGACUUGUGUCGGAAGAUUUGGAGUGGCCGAACGGUCUGGCGAUCGAUUAUCCGAGCAGACGUUUGUACUGGGUCGACGCGAAGCGCCAAACCGUCGAGUCGAUCAGACUCGACGGCGGAGAUCGUCGUCAAGUUUUUAAGACGUUCGCCUCCCAUCCUUACGCCAUUGCCGUCUACGAGGACAAAUUGUACUGGAGCGAUUGGCGCACGAAGACGAUUCAAUCGGCGCACAAAUACAGCGGUAAAAAUCGGUCGACUCUCGUUCGAGAGGUCGACCUGAUAUACGGCGUUGACAUUUAUCACUCGGCGUUGAAGCCGCGCGUUCCAAAUCCCUGCGAUACUCAGCCGUGCUCUCAGCUUUGUCUCCUCGGCCUUAAUCGAACGCACUCUUGUGCCUGCACCCUCGACACGGUACUGAGCGACGACGAACGCACCUGCAUAUCGGUGAAGAAACGGCAGCAUCUCGUGAUCGCAUUCGAGGACACGUUCCUCACGUACUAUCAUGAGAUUCUUGGCAAUCCUCGAGUGACUGGAAGCACGACGUUGAAACGAAUAUCGCAGGUUGCUUACGACUCUACUACGAAAAGCAUCAUCGCGAAUGAUCGAACGAGCAAUUCUCUGUUCCGUUUCGACCUCGAAACCGAAGAGGUUCGACGGAUCGUUGACACGGGCAGUCGGUUCGUCGGUGGCAUGGAUUUUGACGAGUACGCAAAGAACAUUUACUGGUCGGAUUCUCGACGGAGCAGCAUCCAAGUUUACAGCCUCCAGACCGGGGAAAAAACCGUUCUCCACUUCGCGGAAGAACCCCUCGACAUUUUGGCCGUCCCGGAGCACGCCGUCUUGUACGUAGUCUUCAAAUCCGCGGGCAAAUACCACAUCGAAAAAAUCGAAACGAGCGGAGCCGGCGACCGGGAGCGCGUCGUCCAAGAUCUGCGAGGCCCCAAAAUCUCUCUCGCUUACGACCCCGAAUUCGAUCGGAUCUUCUGGUCCGACGAGGGCUCCGGGAGGAUCGAAAUACUCCCCGUUCGGAGCAACGAUCGAUCGCGCUUUCGAACCGGCCUCCGGAGACCCGUCAGCCUCGCUGUUGUCGAUCAGCAAGUCUUCUGGACCCUCCGCGACUCGAAACACUUGCAGUGGGCCGACAAGGGGAAUCGCCUUCCUGGCGUCAAGGGCGUAACGCUCCGAGUCAAGGGCCAAGCUCAAGUGCUGCUUCUCGCUGGUACCGCUCGCCUUUACGCCGAAGAGAGGCCCCACGUGUGCCGCCUCAACAACGGCGGGUGUUCGCACGUUUGCCUCGCUGCUCUUUCCGACCUGCGCGCCUGCGCUUGUCCACCCGCAAUGAACCUCAGCCCUGACAACCGCACUUGCGACCUUCAAAUUCCAUGCGCAUCAGGCCAGAUACGGUGCUCCGACGCGAGCGAGUGCAUCGAUGAGACGCGAAGAUGCAAUGGCGUACCGGAUUGUCCGAACGGCGAAGACGAGUACGAAUGUGCCCGCGUAAACAGUUGUGGGGCUGGUGAAUUCAUGUGUCGAAAUGGCCAGUGCAUCGGUUCGACAAAUCGCUGCAAUUCGAUACCCGACUGCCAUGAUCGAUCGGACGAAGUGAAUUGCGACGAGGAGGACUGCAAAGAGGACGAAUUCCAAUGUCUGGAUGGCCGCUGCAUAAAAAAAUUUUACGUUUGCGAUGGGCACAACGAUUGCAACGAUUUUUCUGACGAGACCGAGUGCCGGAGACACGUCUGCGAGGCUGAGAGUUUCCGCUGCACCUCGGGCGCUUGCAUACCAAAAAGUUGGGAAUGCGACGGCGAAAAUGAUUGUCAGGAUGGCUCCGAUGAGGCCGGUGCAAAUUGCCACGCCGCCAAAUGCCCGGGGGACAUGUUCCGGUGUGAAAAUAAACGCUGCUUGGAUCUCACUCUUGUGUGCAACAGUCUCGAUGAUUGUGGCGACAAUAGCGACGAAGUUAGGUGCAGCAAGGAAAUGGCAGGUGUGGGUGGUCAGUGCACGGAAAACGAGUACAAAUGCCGUGGAACGGAAGAAUGCAUACCCACUAAAUUAAGAUGUGACGGGAAGCAAGAUUGCCCAAAGAAUGACGACGAGCAUCGCUGCGCUCAGUGCGAGCCGAACGAGUUUGCAUGCGAUAACGAAAAGUGCAUUGAUCGUUCUUGGGUAUGCGAUCGCGUCAACGAUUGUGGCGACGAAUCGGACGAAGUCCACUGCGAUGAAAUCGUUCGUACGUCAAACGAUAAUGUUACCGUUGCCGAAUCGGUAGAUUGCGAUGAAUUUACAUGCAGAAUUGGCGGUUGUUUAACCUUCGAAAAAGUUUGUGACGGCACACAGGAUUGUUUCGAUGGCAGCGACGAGGAUGGCGAAUGCUCAACUGCCUGCAAAGACGCGGAUGUGUGCAAGCAACUUUGCCAAAAAACUCCGACCGGAGCUCUGUGCCUGUGUCAAAAGGGUUACACGUUGGACAGUGACGAACGUUCCUGCGUCGAUGUUGACGAGUGCAAGUUGCAAGUUUGCCCACAAAUCUGCCACAAUCAACCCGGUUCUUUCACUUGCUCGUGCUUCGAAGGUUUCCUUUUACGAGGCAACAGAGUAUCGUGCAAAGUUAUUGGAGAACCAAUGGAAAUAAUAACCGCUACGAAGACGGACAUUCGAAGAGUGUCACUGAGUCUUAACUCGAUCGCAGUUUUGCAUCGUCAGCCAAACGUCCAAAUCACCGGGCUCGAUGUCAACAUGAGAAAAAAAACGAUUUAUUGGAGCAAUGAACUACUCGGUACUGUUAAUCAAUUGAACACUGAAACGAGCGAAUUCAAAUUGGUCAGCGGUCUUGGAAGACCUGGAGCCCUCGCGCUUAAUUGGGCAACGGACAAUGUUUAUUUCCACGAUGGUGAAAAAAUAUCAGCAAUCAAAGUCUGUAAUCUCGAGGCACAAAAAUGUGCUCAAAUUAUACCGAUCGAGGGCUCGGCUAAGCCCAUGGCAAUAGCUGUCGAUCCGUUGAAUGGAUUUCUAUUCUGGGGUCAAACAACAUUCGAAAUUUUCGAGCAGCCCGAGGGCGAAAUUUAUCGUACGGACCUCAGUGGCGCUGAUCUGAGGUGCAUUGCUCACGAAAGGAUCGGAGUUGUAAGUGGAAUUACGGUUGAUCACAGAAGAUUGCAUCUCUAUUGGGCGGAUGCGAAUCUCCAAGUGAUCGAACGAUCGGAUCUUGAUGGAAAUAAUCGAGAGAUUUUCCUCAAGCAACACGUCGAUCAACCAUUGAGCAUUAAUAUCUACGACGAUUCCGUUUAUUGGCUGGUGGGGACCUCCGGGGUGCUCAAAAAGUGUUCACUUUUCGGGAACAAUCUUUGCGAAUUGAUUAAUCUCAAGUCAUCGAACGUCAAUCAAUUUUUUGUCAUUUCACAAAUAUCGCGACAGCCGAACGUGGAAAACACUUGUCGAAAUCAUGAAUGUGAGUACAUGUGCGUGAUGAAGAAGCACAAAAGUACAUGCAUUUGUCCGAACGGAGUUCUCGUAAAUUCGAAUAGUACGUGUGACAGCGAUGCCAUCGCCUCCGACGCCGUCCAAUUUCCAACCACCAUGCUCGGCAUGGGACGCACAAACGUUCGCAUCGAUGGCGGAUUAUUCACUGGGAUAUUUAUAACAGUUGCUGUGGGAAUUGUCGCGGGAGCAAUCUACCGUUUUUACAAGAAGAAAAAAUCGAGUUCCCCGAACACGCGUAAUGUGAGUGUUUCUUUCCAAAAUCCAUCGUUCGGAAGAAGUUCUGCAACAGUUGUUACGAACGAUUUUAUACUUCCAAUUGUGUCGCCCGGUGAACAUGAGUACACCAAUCCAAUGACCGAAGCUCAACAAACUGAGGUUGAGACGAUAACAAUUGCAGACGUAAAAGCCUGCGAGGUGAGCUCCGAGGAUUUGAACGAUGAGCUCGAGAAAGGUCCAUGCAGUCACUCGUCACUCAUCUCGUGAAGUAGAAUCUUGCUGAAGAAGAAGAGUACGAAGAAAAUCUCACAGGGAGGCCUCUGGACUACCCUUUUACUUGUUAUAAUCGUUUAAUUGUAAAUAUUUAUGAAAAUAUUUUUAUUACGCAAGUGUGAUAAUUGAGGGAGCGUAAUUUGUAUUAUUAUUUAUUACAACUCGAAAUCUCGGCGUCAUGGCAAUAUGUAUGUACUCUGUAUUUAUGUAUUUUUAAUUAAUCGUCUUAAGUUAUCAAGAUCAUUUAAAGAUCAGGAGGAUUUUUUCUUCGAUGUCGAUGCAUAUUUUGUUUUGUGACCCAGGAAAAUGAGGUGGCCCAGAACAACGAAUGAUGUUGGAAACAUUUAUUUUUUGUUGUAUAAAGUUGUUUGGAUUCGAGAAAGUUUUACUUUCGCAUGUGUUCUGCUGGUCAUAUUUAAUAAUUUUUGAAAGUCAAAAAUCAAAUUUGUAUUUACUGUCCGCUGUUGCCGGAUUCUCGUCCUCUAGAAAAAUUUCCUGAGUCUGUGUAAAUCAUAAUUUUACGCUUACUUAAUAAUGAAUAGAAUGUAAGAAGCAAAAUAUGUGCGUAGUCACCUUCAGCGUGAAACCAUGAUUGAAAAUAAAUGUUUGUUAUAUAUUCGUGUAAGUGAAAAUACAACAGGAACCAUGUCUACAAA